AAUUUUCUUUUAAAUUCAUUUAGGAUCCAAUCCGAAAACCAAUGAUAAUGACUACAGAUAAAUCUUUGAAGAGAGAUGCUUGCGAAUUAUUUAAAUUAAUACAAACAUACAUGUGUGAUCGCAAACCAAAAAGUGGACAGAGCAUGGAACAGGUUGCUUUGGAUAUUGCUACAAGGGGAUGGAGUAAACAAGCUCUUCGGGAUGAACUUUAUGUUCAAAUCUGUCGUCAAACUACAGAUAAUCCAAGAAGGGAUAGUGUGAUCUUAGGAUGGGAAUUGAUGGCUGUUUGUCUUUCUUUUUUUCCACCUUCUGUGAAAUUCCAGCCUUAUCUGGAGAGUUACAUAAAUCGUCAUAAAGAUAACACAUUAGAUACAUCCGAGCUAAAAAUCAGUCCAUAUGCUGCAGUUUGUAGUAAACGGUUAGAAAGAAUGGCAAGGACGGGAGCCAAAAAAGGAUUAAGGAAACCUACUUUAGAAGAAAUUGAUCAGUCAAGGAUCCAGAUAUUUAGGCCAUCAAUGUUUGGAAACACCUUAGAAGAAGUGAUGGCUCUACAAAAAAUAAAAUAUCACGAUAGACGAUUACCAUGGAUUCAAACAGCUUUAUCUGAAGCUGUGUUACGAUUAAAUGGUGCUCAAACUGAAGGAAUUUUCAGAGUACCUGGAGAUAUUGAUGAAGUAAAUGCAAUGAAACUUCGCAUAGAUCAAUGGGAAAUUGUAGAAAGUACUGAUCCCCAUGUGCCUGCUUCUUUGCUCAAAUUGUGGUACAGAGAGUUAUAUGAACCUUUAAUUCCAAAUCAGUUUUAUAACGAAUGUAUUGAAUAUUGUAAUGAUGGAGAAGCUGCUGUUCAAAUUGUACAGAAAUUACCAGAGAUUAAUCGCUUAGUCCUAUCCUACCUCAUUCGUUUUCUUCAGGUAUUUGCUGCCGAAGAAAAUGCUACUGUCACAAAAAUGGAUACUAAUAAUUUAGCAAUGGUCAUGGCUCCAAAUUGUCUUCGUUGUAUGUCUGAUGACCCUCGUGUCAUAUUUGAAAAUACAAGGAAGGAAAUGGCUUUUAUUCGUAUGUUAAUCCAACACUUAGAUACUAGUUACAUGGAGGGAAUAAUGUAAACAUUAUUCAUUAAGAAAUUUUAGUUCUAUUCGUGAAGAAUCAUCUUUUUCUCAUUAUGGUUUGCUGUUCUUAUAAGACAAGGGGUUAGUCAGUAAAUUUUCAGAAAAUAUAUCUUUCUAGAAACCCAAAUAUUUUUGCUGUAUUAUAUAUUGAAAUCAAUAGUAUACAUACUAUUGUUAGAAAUUUUAAUAAAUAAGGACUGAAGUGAUGAAUAUAGAUAUUUAACAAUUAAGGUAAAAACAUCAGAUAAAGUUAUCUUGGCUAACAGAAAUAGCAUUUACAAACUGAUAAAUCAGAUUAUUUAUGACAGAUAGGUACUGUUGACUGCAUUUCUAUAAUUGUUCUUAUAUUAUAUAAAACAAUCUAAUAUAUUUUAAAUUUUAAAGUAUUGUAUUUAUAUGUUUUGUUUAUUGGAUGCACAUUGUCAUAUUGUAAAAUUAUUGUAAAAUCAAAUUACUAGAAGUAUAGAUUAGGCAUUUGCAUGAAAAUUUUGUAAAUGGGCCUUUAGAGCAAUGAUAUUGUUCACAGUUGUAUUAUAACUUCUUAUAUUAUUAUUUAAAUUUAUUUUUAACAUCCGUUUGUAUAUGCUUUUGCACUUAAAUUAAUCACAUAGUGAUUAAUUUAAAAAUGCAUAUAAAUAAAAUAACUAGCAGUUUAAAAAAAAUUAUGCCGGAAAAUUAUGUAUGGAUUAAAAUGUUGUACAAUUUUUUUUUAAUAAAAAUUAUUAAAUAUAAUUAUGCUAAAAGACAUUAUGGUAACAAGCAUCAUAUUUAAAUAUGAGGAUUUAAUUAAAUUUAUAUGUUGAAUUAUUUUAUUAGAGUUUAUUAAAAAAAUCAUAAACAAUAAAAAGAGAUAUUA